AUCGAUACCGAACCAAAUCUGUGGUAGGAGAUAGAAUGAAAAUUCGGCGAAAACAAAUAGCUGGAGAAGAUACGUGCAAAAAAGUUGACUCGAUAGAUCCAAAGGCCAAUUGAUAUUCCGUCUAGAGUGUGCUGUUCGCACUAACAAUUUUACAAAGAGCACUACAAACAUGUUUGGUUUGUGCAUUCCAUGAACCUGCGUGACUUUGAAGACGCUGUGCUGUAUCUUCAGUACGAGUAUGUCAUCACCUGAAAGGAAAUCGGUUUAUCGCAACUUAGUUGGAUUUGUAUACACAAGACCGCCAUGGGUUAUCUUUACCAUCUUUCUUGGCGUUUUUGCAUUUGGAUUCUUUGCACUUGGUUACUACGUACAGCAUAGCAAUAUUGUCGAUGCAGAUUCUUCAAAGGGUUGGAAUAGCCUGUACUCCAACUUGACAUCGUUGGUGUUUUGCUUGAAUUCCUCAUCUACAGCAGACUUGCCUAGUUCUUUGACAGAUGAUGAAUACAACCAAGACUUUGAAUUCAUCAAUAUCUCUUUGCCAUUUGUGCUAAGAGUCAGGCCUUAUCUUGGGUCCUUUGCAACUAACACAAGUGAUUUGGUUGGGCUUUUACCAAACACAUAUUUCAAAUUUGGUAGGAAGUUUCAACAUGAAAGUCAAUUUUGGAUUUCAUUGGAUUCCAGUUACUUAUUCGGACACUGUGUUUUGGAUGAAGAUGAGGGUAGCACAAGGUGCCAGGAAGUCACAUACCCUGCAUGUGUCACAAUAUCCCUGCCAAGUGUUAUAACACCUCUCAUGAGACCAAGAAGUUGUAACAACACUAUUAACUCAGCUGUUCCUUCAAUAGCAGUAGCAGUUGGUAAAAAGAACACGAAUGACCGUGAUAAAAGGCAAGAUGAGUCAGAGAAGUCAAUCUGUCAUGGGCAGAUUGAAGUAUCCCUUUCAAAAGAAAGGACAUAUGAUUCUCAAGUGAUGCUGAGCCUUGCUGAGAAGACCCGUCUUAAUCUAAAACUUCAGCUAGCAAGCUACUUUCUCUUUGUCAUCUUUUUGUCUUUUGUUCUUUUUGCUGCCAUCAGAGGGAAACCUGUGAAACAACUAAAAAAGAUCAUCAGCUGACCUCAUACUUACAAUGAUGGGGCUUUCCUUGGAUUCAUAUGCCAUUGCAGGCUGCUUGCUCUUUGUUUUUAACAUUCCAAAAAUUGAAAUUUAUGUUUGUGUGAGGUACACUUCAAGGCAGAAGCUGGGUGGAAGAGACUAAUGAUAACUUAUGUUGAUAUGAUUUCUCAUAAGUAGUAAUUGCCUUGUUUAAUCAGUUGUUGUGGAACUUAGUAAGGUCCAGCUCGAAUAUGUUUUAGUUUCAGAAACUGAAGUAUUUAAGUUUCAUGAUGCUGGAGUAAUUGAGAACUCAAGUUUAAUUUUUUUACAUUUAUUGCAACGUUUGCAACUUGCUAAUCAUUUAUUAAAUGAAACAUUUUGAUAGACAUGAUUGUCAGUUUAAACAAAAAUGGCUAUGAAGACUGGUGUUGCCUGUCUGAAGCCCGAGUUGUGCAACAUCAAAUUAAUAAUUAUGUGGUAAAGCUACUAAUUUCACUUAAAGGUAUGAGGUUGUACGGAGCCCCUGAAAGUAGACUGAGGUUUUUAAAACAAAGCCUGUUCACUGCAAAAGAUAUUUAGUUUUUUCUCGAUUUUAUUACGGAAUAGAAUGCUCGUGUUGUUAAUAUAUUUGUAAAACGUCUAAGGCGUAGGUUAUGAAAUGAAAAAGCUUAAUUAUGAUCUCCUGAUCCUUACAUAUGUUGUAUCUAAGCUAACGGAAACAAACUUAGAUUUCUUCACCCACCCUUUAAAUUGCCACUCCAAAGUACACUAAAAGCUAUAUAAUUCACCCCCUUCAGCAUGUCUCUCUGAUGCGAGCCCUGUGUUAGGUUGCCCGGUGUAAAAUACUGCCAAAUUGAAACAUAUUAUGAGACAAUUUUCAUACUUGAGUUGAGUCACAAAUCAUUUCAAUUACCUUUGAUAACGAUUCUUAGAUAUCAUGUUGUUGGUGAUAAUGUCUAAGCUGAUAAUUACACUGGAUUGAGAACUUUGACAACUUAGCUUUAAUAAAAGCGUUAUUGCUAAUGUGUACGACAUUUGUCUGUACGUUUUUGCAGAAACUUAGUUUAAAGACGCUUUGUAUAGAUGUGCAAGCACGAGGGCUAGUGAGACUUAAUCGAUUAAAAAUGUCUUGCAAUAUAAUUCUUGUCUCUGUC